UCUCUGGACAAGAUUGCCGAUGAAUACAAGUUUCCGUGUCAGACUGAACCUUGCUCAGCUAUCAUGGGCAGUGGGGAAAAAAUUGAUAAAUCAAUAAAAAAGGGUUUAAAUUGGCUUCUACAUACAAUAGCCGAAGAUUUUGAUGCCUUAAAUGAGCGCAUCCAGAGGGACAUGGCAGAAGAAAAAGCAUAUGAAGAACAACAGAAACCAGAACGAGCUGAGAUACCAAAACGAGCUGAGAUAGUGAGAAGGCUACGAGAAGAAGCAAGGGCGAGCGAAGACGCAACGGCGAGCGAAGACGCAAGGGCGAGCGAAGAAGACCGACACGUACCUGGUGAGGAAGAUGCUGAGCCUGUGAACAACGAAAACCCUUUCCAGCCUCCAGCUGCUGUAAUCUCCAAGAAUGAAAAAGAGAUUGAAAAGGAUAAGCAGCAGCAGAAUGUGGAGACCGAAAAGGCUACAACUGUCUUGGAUUUGCAAACGGAGGAGGAACAUAUGGAUGCCCAGCACUUACCUAGUGGCAGCAACCAAACUGCAAACGAGAGCAGACCAGAAACAUGCGAGUCUGCAACUACGCAGCUUCUGCAGCCUGAAGAAGGGAACGAGCAGACAACCUUAGCAUGCCUUCCCUCAGGCAACAGGAAGAAAAGAAAUAGACUACAAUUAAGAAGGAGCCACGGAGUAGUCCCUAUUACUGCAGAGGCCACUGUUCCCAGGCACCUUACACCACCAGCAGCGCUUCCUACAGUUGCCUGGGGAAGUCCCAGACUUAACAGACUUCAAGAAAUUAAGUCUCUUGGUGAACCACAUCAUCCAAACCUCUACAGAAAACCUCUGCCCCCACUGACCAUACACCAACGACCCAACAGUGACACCCAUGAUGCUGCUGCCAAACUGAAUC